AUAAACCCAACUUGAUUGUAUUCAUUCCCAUCAUUCUUUCAUUGCCACUCGUAACUACAGAGUAGGAGGUUCACAAAAUGGCAACAAUACAGGUGGAAGAAUUACAAGAAUUAAUUUCGAACAAAUUCGACAAAGAAACGUUGCUGGGAAUUUUAAGGAAAAGACAUGAUCUUCAGAAUGUGGAAAUUGAGAAAAUCCAAUUGGGCUCUGAAUCGAAGAAAGGCGAUUCCUACCUGAGCACCGUAACUCGUUUCAACGUUCACUAUAACGGAACAAAUAAAGAUGGUAAAAAGGUCACAGAUUGCAUCCACAUGAUUGCCAAGGCAUUGCCUAAAAAUUUGGGGCGUAGAAAAACGUUUAGAUCUGCCGAUUUCUUUGGAAACGAAGUUUCCUUCUAUAAUAAGGUGUGGCCAGUUCUAGAUGCUUACCAGAAAUCCAAAAACGUUGAAAAACCCUUCGAUAAAAUUCCAAUUUGUUUCUCAGCUUUUGCGGAUGGCUCAAACGAUUAUAUAGUGCUCGAAGAUUUGAGCUUCGAUGGAUACGGAAACGCGCAGAGAUCCAGCGGCUUGGAUGUAGAUCACACGAAGCAAAUAUUCAGUUUGUUCGCGCAGUUUCACUCUUUGGUCUAUGCAUAUAAACAGGAGCAUCCGAGCGAAUUUGAAAAACUGGCAAAUUCUCUGCAGGAAACUUAUUUCUCAGAGGCACAAAGAAAGUGGUACACAAACUUUCAAAACAUAUUGAAAGACAUUGUUCGAGAUGCGGUUGAGAAAGAAUUACCGAAAGAGUAUUUGGAUAAAUUGAAUGAGGUGGCGUUCAAUCGAGAUUUCUUUGGAUUGAUAAGCGAAGUAUGCGCUAAACGUGGUAAAUUAUCUGUAAUAACGCACGGAGACGCUUGGAUCCCUAAUUUCCUGUUAAAAUAUGAUCAAUCGGGGAAACCAAUUGAUGCUGUUAUGAUUGAUUUCCAAUUAACAAGAUGUUCGUCUUUAGCUCUUGAUUUACUGUUUUUCAUAUACUCUUGCAUGCAACACAAGCUUGUCGAAAAUUCUUUGACGGAAAUGUUGGAGUAUUACCUUUCGUGUUUCCAUCAAAAUUUAAGAGAGUUAAAAUGCAGUGCAACAAUCACUAUUACAGAUAUUGAAACAGAUUUAAAAGAUUCGAGUAUAUUUGGUCUUGGAAUGUCUAUGGAAGCAAUCAUCAUGUCUCUACUUGAUGAUGAUGAAGUCUCCGAUUUGGAUAUGAUACAGGGCGAUGAGGAAAUUCCUAUUGAAAAUAUUUGGAUUGUGAAACCGCUGAAGACGGUGGAGAAGCGAAGGCGCAUCGCCGAUUUCGUAAAGCACAUAAUCGAUUCUAAAUUUAUUUAAAAUUUGUAGCAAUGUAAUGUAUAAAUAAAAUCUAUUCUUCGGCAAAUGAUGGAACGGAGAAUUUCCUUGCUUUGUU